AUGUACACCGACUACGUGGCCACUCGAUGGUAUCGAGCACCUGAGCUGCUGGUUGGUGACACUCAUUACGGCCUACCCGUCGACAUUUGGGCGGUAGGAUGCGUGUUUGCCGAGAUGCUUUUGGGAAGACCUCUUUGGCCGGGCAGAUCAGAUCUCAAUCAGCUGCACCUCAUCACUCAGAGUUUGGGUGAGCUUUCGUGA